AUGAUUGAAUGGAAUGAAAGUGCAAUUUCAGAAGCUGCAAAUAACAAUUCUGGAAAUUAUGAAACUAAUUUCUUACAUUUCAAACAUUUUCUUGAAGAUUAAUGUGUUUUCUUAAAAAAUAAUUAUGAUCUUGCAAUUAAAAUAAUUGAUUAUUUGGAUAGUAAAAAACUAAUUGUUGGUUAUAUAAAAAAUUCAGAGGCUUAAUUAUAAACUGAUGAUAAAGCAAGAAGCACAACAAAUAUCCAAAAUACAAUUAAAAAUAUCAGAAAAGAUAUAUAUCGUUUUAGAAAAGAACUCAAAGAUAUAAUGGCUAUCUGUGCAGAAGCAGAAACACCAUUAAUACUUAAUGAAAUUGGAAAUCUCAAAAUAGAAAUUUUAGAGAGAUACAAUUAAUUAGUUAAUGAUAUUAUACCAGGCAUUUUAUUUGAUGAUAUUUCAAUUGAAAUAGUUCAAAACUAUUAUAUUAAUUAAUCUAAUGCUUAAUCUGAUGAAGUUAAUCAUUUUAAUUUAAUUAAAUCAUAUGUGUUAUCACCAUUUAUUCCACGAUUUAGAGCAUAUGUUUAUUAAAUUUAUGAAAUUGCUCAAUCAGAAUUCAAUUAGACUUAGUAAUUAAAUAUUAUAUUCAUAGAAAUCUAUUAAAUAAAUUACAACAAAUUGGUAAAACAGCCAGCAAUCAAUAAAAUUAAUCAGUUUAAUUAUACUAUGAUUUACCUUAUUUAAUUGAUUCAUAUAAAGUAAAUCUCAAUUAAUAAUGUUCUUUAUUACCAACAACUCUAUAAGAUGAUAAGGAUUAUUGGAAUUAUUAUCAAUCAAAUGUUUAAUUGAAAGAGAAAAUUAAUAAUGAAUUAAUUAAUAUUAAAGUUAAAAAUGAAUAAGAAUAAUAAGAAAAAAGUUGUCUUUAAAUAGAAUUUAAUUAAUUAGUUGAAUAAUAAGAUUAUUUUCAUAAACUAUUUCUUUUUCAAAAAUAAAUUCCUAUCCUUAUAGAUUAAUUAAAAGAUAUAAAUUAAGAGAAAGAUAAAAUGUGGAAAGAAUUACCAGAACAUAAAGUAAUUUAAUAAGAAAGAUUAUCAUAAAUGCUUUAAACAUGUAUUAACAUAAGUAAAAGUAUCAAUGAUUAAUUUCCUCAUGGUAGGAUUCCAUUUAAAUUUUAAUAAGUUUCAAUGACAGCUGAUAAUUUAGCUAAAUAGAUUUAAGAUCUUAUGAAUUUCAAUUGUCAUUAAAAUUAAUAAAAUUAUGUUAAUAAUCCAAGUCUUCCAGAUAGAAUAAAAGAAUUAAUGAAAUGGGAAUAUAAUGGAGAAUCAAUUGAAUAAGCUUAAGGUGAAAAUGCAGAAAUCAACAGUUAUCUUACAUAAAUAUUUGAAUUUAAUUCAAUUACAAAUGUAUUACAAAUAUUCAUUUAUAUUUUUAGAAACCUCCUUAAAUUGAAGGUGAAUUAAAUUAAUAACUUGAGUAAUGUAACCCUGAUAAUAUUAAUGAAAUGAUGGAAUUAAAUGAAAAUUAUAAUAUAUGGAAGAAUAUGUAAGCUGCAGGAAUGUUCUUAAAUGAAGAAUAUUUAUAUACAACUCUAAAAGAUUCAGAAGGAUUACCUUAAUAUGCAAAGAAAUUAUAACAUCUCAAGACAUUCUUCUCUAUAAAUUAGUAAAUGUAAUAUGUUGGAUAUAUUACAGAUGUUCUAAGUUUAAUUUAAUUGGUUUAAACUAAAUAAUUAGAUCAAGCUAAAUUAUUCAUUUAAUAAUCAAAAAAUAUUCCAAGAAUUUAUAAAUAGAAUUUAUUAUAAGCACUAUGUUGA